CUUAAAUUUCCUAUAUAAACCAAACCAAACCUUAGAUAAUGCAUUAAGCACCACCAAAUACUAAAAGCUCUUUCCCCUAUCUCUAAAGUACUAAGAAGUAGUAGUGUACUCACAAUGGCUUUUCUAGCUACCUCAUUCAUUUUUAUUCCUUUCUUUCUUCUUACCUUAUGCCUUAAAGGCACUUUUGCUGACUAUGGAGGUGGAUGGGAAAGUGCUCAUGCCACAUUUUAUGGUGGUGGAGAUGCUUCAGGCACAAUGGGAGGGGCUUGUGGUUAUGGAAAUUUGUAUAGUCAAGGCUAUGGAACCAACACUGCUGCACUAAGCACUGCUCUUUUCAACAAUGGAUUGAGCUGUGGGUCUUGCUAUGAGAUGAAAUGUGCGAGUGACCCUAAAUGGUGUCUUCCCGGAAGCAUAUUGGUCACUGCCACAAACUUUUGCCCACCAAACUUUGCAGAGUCUAACUCUAAUGGUGGAUGGUGUAACCCUCCCCUACAACACUUUGAUCUUGCUGAGCCUGCUUUCUUGCAAAUUGCUCAAUACAAAGCUGGAAUUGUCCCUAUUUCCUUCAGAAGAGUCCCCUGUGUGAAGAAAGGUGGAAUUAGGUUCACAAUCAAUGGACACUCAUACUUCAACUUAGUUUUGGUAACAAAUGUGGGAGGAGCUGGAGAUGUUCAUUCUGUAUCCAUCAAAGGAUCAAAAACCGGAUGGCAAACCAUGUCAAGAAACUGGGGGCAAAACUGGCAAAGCAACAACUACCUUAACGGUCAAAGCCUUUCAUUCCAAGUCACUACAAGUGAUGGCAGGGUUGUCACUAGCAACAACGUUGUGCCUAGUAAUUGGCAAUUUGGACAGACAUUUACAGGGGCACAAUUCUAGAAACAUAAGUUCAGUUUGUGUGUGUAAUAUAUUGCAUUGCAUUGUUUCCUUUGUUUUAGAUGGAAAGUGUGAGGGAAAAGAAGGUAGAUUAGGAGGAGUUAAGGCCAAAAAAUUUGGUCAGUAAUGCUGUGGUGGCAUAUAUGGCACCCGCUAGCUAGGCCUAAUAUAUAAUAUAUAGUUGCUUUUUGUUUUAUUAAGUAAUUGAAGGUGAAGGUGAUGGUGAUUUUAAUCGCCUUGUAUAUUUGAUCCCAACUAUGGCUUAAAACCAAUUUGGGAAAUUUCUCAUAUUAAUUUGAUGAUGAAUUUUAGUUUC